AGUAGUAGGAGCGUGAGACGAUGGAGUGAGAGAGAUAAGAAAGAAGUGUUGCUAUAUUUUAUCAAGCAUUUCAUCAAACACCUAACCGACCAGAUCAUUUGUCAGUAUAUUUGACCAAAUCCCAGCCAGUGUGGCAAAUCUCUGCUCGGAUCGUUUGCAGGUUUCUUCGAAAUGCAAAGCAUAAUGAAUUCUAUCUUGGCCCGUAAGUCGAAAGAUGGUUUUCAACCGGGGAUCAGAGGGUGCAUAUGCAAUUGAGAUGUUGGUCCACUUAUACAACUGCUAAUUAUGAUCAAAUACUUGACCGCGUAAUUGCACUAGCCAAGAAGUAUGAUAAAAUUGAUGCCUCAAAGGUUACUGAAGCAGCUGAUUUUCAGAAAGACUUGAACAUGGACAACCUUGACCGUGUGGAACUCAUUAUGGUCAUCGAAGAGGAGUUUUAUGUUGAAAUCCCUGAUGAGAAUGCAGAUAAGCUCAAUUGUUGUGCUGAUGUUGCAAAAUACAUUGCCUCUGAAGCUGAUAAGAAAUAUGCAGAAAAGCCAUGACUUCUCUUUGUUAUAUUAAGAUAUGGUAUUCAAGUUUUUGCGGUUGUGCUUAUGCUAUAUGGAUCUCUGUUAAGUCAGUUUAGUUACAAAUAUGAAUGUUAGCUGAUCUGUAAGUUGCUUCAUUAAGGUAAUUACUUUUGGUUGGAUGCCCAAAGACCCAAAGGUUUCCUAUUGAAUCUUGUUUUGUGAAAUGCACUGGUUUGAAGAUUAUGAAGCGAUGGAUCCAUCUCAAAUUCUUAAAUUACUCAUUACUAUCUCGUAUGUAUGAAAAUAUUCGUUGAAUUCCCUCAUGAGAUUUUUCUGAGCCUCUGGAUGACCAAAUUCUUAGAUAAUUAGCAUUGUCUUGGAAAAAGAUAAUUAGGAUUAGAAAAUCCAAUUCUAUGUACCAAACAGCACCUGAUUGUCAUUUUAGCUUCAGCCAAUUGUUUUACUUGGGAGACACUGAGAAAGUACUAGCACAAUGAUUUGAAUAAGGGAACUGGAAGAGAGGAAGAGUUCUCUGUUUUCCUCACUUUCACUCUUUGAUGACACUUCUUAUAUAUUUUGAAACUAACCAACUUGGAUAGCUUUGAAAUAGUACUCUGAUUGUUUGAAGAUUUCUUCAAAAUGCAAAGCAUAAGGAAAUCUAUCUUGGCCCGUAUGAAUUUGAGGAGCCGAAAGAUGGUUUUUAGCUAGGGAUCAGAGGGUUCAUAUGCAAUUGAGAUGUUGGUGCACUUUAACAGCUGCUAGUUCUGAUCAAAUACUUGACCGCGUAAUUGCACUGGCCAAGAAGUAUGAUAAAAUUGUUGCCUCAAAGGUUACUGAAACAGCUGAUUUUAAAAAAGACUUGAACAUGGACAACCUUGACCGUGUGGAACUCAUUAUGGCUGUUGAAGAGGAAUUUUCUGUUGAAAUUCCUGAUGAGAUGCAGAUAAGCUCACUUGCUGUGCUGAUGUUGCAAAAUACAUUGCCUCUGAAGCUGAUCAGAAAAAUGUAGAAAAGCCCUGACUUCUCAUUGUUAUUUUCGGAUGUGGUAUUCAAGUUUUUGUGGUUGUGCUUAUGCUAUAUGGAUCUCUGUUAAGUCAGUUUAGUUACAAAUAUGAAUGUUAGCUGAUCUGUAAGUUGCUUCAUUAAGGUAGUUACUUUUGGUUGGAUGCACAAAGACCCAAAGGUUUCCUAUUGAAUCUCGUUUUGUAAAAUGCACUGGUUUGAAGAUUAUGAAGCGAUGGAUCCAUCUCAAAUUCUUAAGUUACA